GAAGGUUCGAUCACGUGACCCUUGUUUGUCACAUGAUGAUGUCUUCUUCGGGAGUUGUCAUCUGUUUUUUGUUUCUGUUUCUAGCUACUGCUAGCAGCUUACCGACUUUUCGCAAAGGUCGACCGAGAGAAGGCUUUCUGGGGAGUCCUCCAACAAGAUUUCUGAUUGCAGAGUUACCAAAGGCACAUUACUUUACACAGAAACUGGACCACUUGGAUGCGAACAGUAACAUUACUUGGAAUCAGCGGUAUUUUGUGAACGACUCUUUCUGGGACAAGGGUUUUGGGCCGGUGUUUCUCAUGAUUGGUGGAGAGGGACCUGCAAAUCCUGUCUGGAACGUGGAAGGUGCAUGGAUUGAAUAUGCACAAGAGAACAGAGCUUUAACAAUACAACUGGAACACAGAUUUUAUGGGGCAAGUCACCCAACUUCGAGCACAUCUGUUGAGAACCUUCGUUACCUCACUAGUGAACAGGCACUGGCUGACCUUGCCUAUUUUCGUGAAUAUAUGUCAGAUGCUUUCAAAACUGGCGAUGCAGCGUGGAUUGCUUUUGGUGGCUCAUAUUCAGGAGCUCUUGCAGCAUGGGUCCGGCUUAAAUAUCCACACCUUUUCUCUGCUGCCAUGGCAACAAGUGCACCUGUCCAGGCUCAGCUCAAUUUUGUAGAAUAUGCUGAAGUGGUAAGUGCAUCUCUUGCAUCAAAGAGUACCAGUUGUGUAUCAGCAGUUCAGACUGCUACAACAGCAUUGGAAACUAUGGUAAAGAGUGAAGCAGGUAGAGCAGAGCUGACCAAACUAUUCCAGUUAUGUUCACCUUUAGAUGCUGAUACAAGAAAUAUAUCAAGCUUUGCUGAAUCUGUGGCUGGCAAUAUAUUCGGCAUUGUUCAAUACAAUAAAGAUAAUCGUGCAUUUGAAGGAGCUGUUGGUACAAAUAUUACAAUUGAUACCAUAUGUUCUAUUAUGCUGAACAAGGCAAUUGGAAAUGAACUGACACGGUAUGCUGCCCUGAAUUCACUGAUGAUGAAAACCUAUGGUAUAAAGUGUCAGGAAAUCAGCUACAAUGCUAUGGUAGAUGACAUGAAAAACACAAAUUGGAGUAAUGACAUUGGAGGACGUAUGUGGUUUUAUCAAACGUGUAAUGAGUUUGGCUACUACCAGACAACUGAUUCAAAGAAUCAACCUUUUGGAACACUAUUUCCUUUGUCAUUCUUCAUCAAGCAGUGCAUCGAUGUGUUUGGACCAGAAUUUGACCAAGCUCACAUUGAAAGAGGUAUUGCUUGGACAAAUGAAAACUAUGGUGGAAAGAACAUCUCAGCGACACGUGUUCUUUUCCCAAAUGGGUCCAUAGACCCAUGGCAUGCUUUGGGCAUCACAAACCAUGUCAUCGGGCCUGAGAAAUCAAUCUAUAUUGAAGGAACUGCCCAUUGUGCAAACAUGUAUCCACCAUUGGCAACAGACAUUAUUCAACUUCAGACAGCACGACUGCAAAUAUCAGAACAAUUGGAACUCUGGACACUUGAAGGUUGAAGAAUGCAUGUCAAGAUCGUUGUCGUAAUGCUUGACUGAGUCACUGUGACUGCAUGUCAGUGUUGUGUUUAUGACUG